AUGGCGAUGCGAUCGACCUCGAGGCGUCGAUGUCGAUCGAGGACGAGGAGCGGUCGGUCGGAAGUGUGGGACGAGGAGGAAGAAGACGCGAUGACGCGCGGAUGUCCAUCGACGAGCGACGCGAGCGCGUCGAGAUGGACGAAGAGACUCGAGGUGAAGUGCGCGAGGCUAGAGUCGACGGUGGCGACGCUUCGAAGAGCGCUCGCGGAGCGCCGGGAGGACGCGGUGACGCGCGACGUGUUCACCAAGGAAAUCGUCUCUCUCAGGAGACGGCUGCGAGAGAGAGACGCCGAACGCGAGCGGUUGAUUCAGAUGAGCAACGAUUUACGCGCGGCACUUCGAAAGAAAUUGAACGUCGCCUCAUCGCCAUCACCAUCGCCGACACCGCCGCCGUCAUCUUCACCGCUUCGCGAGACGAAGCUCGAGUCGGUCAGAGCGGGGCGGAUCGUCGUGGCGUCGACGUCGAGCGAGCGUGAGACGGAGAGUCAGAAAAUGAAACUAAAGUCCGCGAUGCGCCGAGCGAAGGAGUCGCGACGCGGUUCGAACGGAAGCGCGCGCGUUCGUCACUGGGGAUGCGAGACCUAG